AUGAAUCUGAAAGAGAGAAAUUUUAAGAAAAUUGGACUCAUUUGUCUACUCGUGCUUGUUUGUGGAAUGGUGUUCAGCUACGCAAUAUUCCCCUCCAUCCUGCGGUUCAUGAUCAAACAGAAUGUGUUGCUCAAACCGGGCACCCAAAUCCGGGACAUGUUCGAGAAGAUUCCAUUUCCGCUCGACUUCAAGAUGCACAUCUUCAACGUGACAAAUCCGGACGAAAUCAUGCGGGGAGGAAAGCCACAUGUGAACGACAUUGGGCCGCUUUAUUUUGAAGAAUGGAAGGAAAAGUACGACACGGUGGACAACGUGGAAGAGGACACGCUGACAUUCACGCUACGCAACACGUGGAUCUUUCGACCAGACCUGUCGGCGUUGACCGGCGAAGAGAUCGUCACCGUGCCACAUCCACUGAUCAUGGGCGUACUGCUGACGGUACAACGGGACCGCGAAGCGAUGAUGCCACUCGUAAAGAAGGGUCUUAAUCUGUUGUUCGAUCCGCUUGAAUCCGCGUUCCUGCGAGUACGCAUCAUGGAUCUGCUGUUUGACGGCAUCUACAUCGAUUGCAGCAGCCAGGACUUUUCCGUCAAGGCACUCUGCUCCGGCAUGGACUCCGAGGGUGCUGUCACGCCGUACAACGAGACGCACUACAAGUUCUCCUUCUUCGGUAUGCGAAAUCACACCGAGGCAGGUCGUUGGGUCAUGUAUCGUGGCGUAAAGAACGUGCGUGAUCUUGGCCGUGUUAUCUCGUACAACGACGAAACGGAGAUGGACAUCUGGGAUGGAGACGAGUGCAACCAGUACAUCGGUACGGAUUCGACCAUUUUCCCACCGUUCCUGACAAAGCAGGAUCGUCUCUGGGCCUGGUCACCGGAGAUCUGUCGCUCGCUUGGGGCACACUAUGUCCACAAGUCCAAGUACGCUGGUCUCCCGAUGAGCUACUUCGAGCUAGAUUUUGGAGAUCUUAAGAAUGAGCCGCAUAAUCACUGCUUCUGCCGGGAUCCACCAGACGAUUGUCCUCCAAAGGGCACGAUGGACUUGUCACCGUGUCUGGGUGGUCCGAUCAUCGGUUCGAAGCCUCACUUCUACGGUGCAGAUCCGAAACUCGUACAGGAUGUGGAUGGGUUGAACCCGGACAAGGACGCACACGACGUGUACAUCCACUUCGAGCUGUUCACGGGUAGUCCGGUUUCGGCGGCGAAACGGCUUCAGUUCAGUAUGGAAUUUGCUCCCAUCCGUGACCACGAGGUGUUUGGACAGUUACGCGAGGUGAUACUACCAAUGUUCUGGGUUGAAGAGGGAGCCUCUCUCAACAAGACCUGGACAAACCAGUUGAAAUACCAGCUGUUUCUAGGUCUCAAGUUCAAUGCAACCGUCAAGUGGUUGACGAUCAUCAUCGGUACCAUCGGAGCGGUCGGUUCGCUCUUCAUGUACCACAAGCAGGACUCGAAAACAACCGACGUUGUGCCAGUCGACGCACCCACCCCAGACACGAACCCUUCGUCUGCCAAAGAGGUGGUAAACGUUUCACUUGGGAGAAACCUUCCACCGGUUCUGGAUGGCUUGGACAAACCACCAAAAAUGACGGCCACAGAGCUACGGCAGGAAAGGUACUGA